CACACCAAACCUGUCCUGCUGAAAUUCCGGGCUGUCCAUCCAGGAUGGCUCCAUGGCUGGAAGGAAGCAGCUGGACCCUGCAGCUGCUGGGCACCGUGGCCGCAGCCUGGUGGCUUCUGCGAGCCGUCUGCUGGCUGGGCCGGGCCCUGAUCCUCUUCGGGCUGCCCAGAGCUGGCCUGGGCUUUGGGAUCUCUCUUAGGAAACAAGGGCCCUGGGCAGUGGUAACCGGGGCUACGAGUGGAAUCGGCAGGAGCUACGCUCACGAGCUGGCACGAAGAGGGCUCAAUGUUGUACUGGUCAGCCGAGACCUGAGCAAGCUACGUCGGGAGGCAGAGGACAUUGAGAGACACUAUGGGAAGGAAACAAGAAUCAUCCAGGUGGACUUCACUGGAGGCUUGGAGAUCUAUGAGGCCAUUGAGAAAGCCCUGGAGGGUCUAGACAUCGGCAUUCUAGUUAACAAUGUUGCUGUGCUUACCCAAAACAAGCUACAGAAGAUACUGGAUGUGGAGAAUGCAGGCAAGAAUUUCUCAGACACGAUGAACUGUAACAUGCUGUCAAUGGUCCAGAUGACCCGGAUCAUCCUACCGCAGAUGGCCGCCAGGGGCCGGGGAGUGAUCAUUAACAUAUCCUCCGAGGCUGGCAAACAACCUAUUCCAUUCUUUGCUUUAUACUCGGCCACCAAGGCCUUCGUGAAUAGCUUCUCUCAGGCUAUAGCCUGUGAAUACCGGUCCUCCGGAAUCACUGUGCAGACCCUCACCCCUCUGCUCGUUUCCACCAACAUGUCCAAGAUGCCCCCCUCCAAAUUCUUGGUGAUAUCUUCAGAUGACUUUGUCAGAGAAGCCUUGGAUACCGUGGGAGUCUCUGCCUUCACCACUGGGUGUCUCCUACACUGUGUACAGAGCUUGCUGUUGAGUCCACUGUUGUCCAACUUCAAGUGCCUCCAACUGCUUCUGGCAUUCUCACCUGUCAAACGAUUUAGAAGAAGCUGAAGUUGUGGGAAGUUGUGGGGCGGAAUCGGAGGCCCUUUGUUGGAGGAGGGAAAUGUGACUAGUGCUUCUGGGAAGAGGGGCAAAUGGAGGAGUCUCCUCUCAUUGGCUCAUCCCUUUGCUCUGCUUCCUAGAGUCCCUUCUAAGAGCAGCCUCAGUUCAAGAAGCAACUGUUGUAAUUUGCCAUAAUAAAUGACUUUCUCUCCAUCUUA